AUGCCCUCAAAGAACCCUCGGUUGUACAUGCCACUUGGUGCAGACCGGCUCGAGGAUGGCCAAAACGCCCUGGACCACGCUGACGGAGGGCAUUCCGUCUAUGACGCAACGGCCCAGCAGGCAGAUCUCGCCCACAUCCCGCUCAACGGAACCGACGCUGCUUGGCACCAGAUGCCGGGCUCGUCCGCUGUGGCCAUGGCGCACUCUCAAGACGCAGUGCACUGGCAAGGCGUCUACCCCGAACCACCCUUCCAUGGAGGAUCCAACGAUUACGUUCCGGAAAUCGAGACUUUCCUGGCCGACUUCGACAAGUCGGAAUUCAGCUGGAGCUUUCCAUUAGCCGGCAUCGGCGACCCGUAUGAGAUGGGCAACUUUCCCAACCCAAGCUACUGA